CACGCAUUGCCCUCAAAUUUCCCAAGUUUGAAGGUACAACAUCAGUUCACUCCCCUCGUCCUCCUCCUCCUCUGAGGUUUCCUACAUCAUACAAUCGAUGGUCUCAUUCCACUCCUGCUUUCUGGUAGCACUUGGAGCGGAAUUAAACGCAGAAAAGCUAGUCUUAGGAGAAAGAAUUCGACGGAAGAAAGCAGCAAAGCGAAGAAAAUACUCCACAAUUAAGUAUUCCGUCUCAGCAAAAAAGGUGUAGUCAUGACUAACCGUGCAAAUUAAUUAUCUGAAAGGUUCAUAGUAGUUGACAAGACUUGAUUCUGGUCACCUGUUUCUGAUGGAAUUUGAAAACCUAUUCAAAAGAAAAAGGCUAUAACAGCAGACCUGCAGAGAAUGUUGUAAUAACUCUUGGUACUCAGUCUUUCUAAAAUAACUUGGUUACCGGUAUUGCUUUGUGUCCUUGUCCCAAUUCCAGCACAUAAACUGUAUGUAUUUAGUAUUUGCCUUGUGAUAUUGCUGUGGCUCUAGGGCAUGUUCAGAUUGUUGCCAGCCUGGAAAGGUAGGCAUUUUUCAACAUCUCUUCCAUAUGUUCGAUCCAACUAUCAUUGGUAUUCCACGAAUGCAAUCUGCCUUCAGACUCCACCAAAUGACAUUGAGGAUGAGAAGAAUGAGAUUGAUUUUGAGCUUUUAUUCAGCUCAUGCACCAAAACUGAUAUCGUUAAGAGGCUUCAUGCCCUCCUUAUUGUCUCAGGGAGGGCGCAGAGACUGUCCCACACAACUAGACUUGUCAAUCUUUAUGCCCAUCUGGGUGAUGUUUCAUUAUCUUGCAGUACUUUUAAUCAGAUACAAACAAAAGACACCUAUAGCUGGAACUCGAUGUUGUCAGCUUAUGUUCGUAAUGGCCAAUUUACUGAAGCCGUUAAUUGUGUUUACAAAAUGUUGUCAAUGUCUGAUGUUCGGCCUGAUUUCUAUACUUUUCCUCCGGUUCUGAAAGCUUGUGGUAGAUUAAUUGAUGGGAUGAGACUACAUGGUUGGGUUUUCAAAUUGGGCUUUGAAUGGGAUGUUUUUGUUGCUUCUGCACUGGUCCACAUGUAUUGCCGCUUUGGGCAGUUUAUUGUUGCCAAUAGGAUCUUCAAGGACAUGCCAUCUCGAGAUAUGGGCUGCUGGAAUUCUGUGAUAUCUGGGUUCUGUCAGAAUGGGAAUGCAGCGGAGGCGUUGGCAAUCUUGGAUCAAAUGAGAUUGGAAGGAAUUAAGAUGGAUUCAGUGACUGUUUCUAGCAUUCUUCCUGUUUGUGCACAAAUGAAUGAUAGUUUACGAGGCAUGCUGGUUCAUUUGUAUGCCAUAAAGCAUCGCUUGGAAGUUGAUGUUUAUGUGUCCAAUGCCCUGAUUAACAUGUACGCUAAAUUUGGUGAAUUAGAAAGUGCCCAGAAGGUUUUUGAUCAGAUGGUGCUCAGAGAUAUAGUUUCAUGGAACUCAGUGAUUGCUGCAUAUGAGCAAAAUGAUCUCCCAGGUUGUGCAAUCUACUUCUUUCAUCAGAUGCAACUCAAUCAACUUCAGCCAGAUUUAUUGACAAUGGUAAGCAUAGCUUCCAGCAUUGCGCAGACUAGAGAUUAUGUUUCUGCAAAAUCCAUCCAUGGAUAUAUUCUACGGAGAUGUUGGAUUAAUGAAGAUGUUGUACUUGGAAAUACAAUUGUUGACAUGUAUGCUAAACUGGGCAUUAUGGACUCUGCGCGCAUGGUUUUCGAUGAAAUGUUUGUUAAAGAUGUGGUUUCGUUUAACACAAUGAUCGCAGGUUAUGGUCAAAAUGGUCUUGCAAGCGAGGCCAUUGAAAUAUUCCACAUGAUGCCUUGCAAAAACAUAACACCUGAUGAGGGUACUUGGGUUAGUGUUUUACCUGCUUAUGCUCAUCUUGGAGCCUUGCGAGAAGGGACUAAAGCUCAUGGCCAGGUUUUCAAAAGAGGUCUACAUUGGGAUAUCUUUGUGGGCACAUGCCUGGUUGAUUUGUAUGGAAAGUGUGGGAGACUGGAUGAGGCAUUGCUUUUAUUCUAUGAGGUUCCCAGGACUAGUUCUGUCCAUUGGAAUGCAAUUAUAGCUUGCCAUGGAAUUCAUGGAUGUGGUGGGACAUCUCUACAACUAUUCAGAGAUAUGCUGGAUGAGGGGGUACAGCCAGAUCACAUAACCUUUUUGUCCAUAUUGGCAGCUUGCAGCCAUUCUGGCCUGGUUGACCAAGGUAAAUCAUAUUUUCACCUGAUGCAGCAAGAAUAUGAAAUUAAACCUGGUAUGAAGCACUAUGGGUGCAUGGUGGACUUGUAUGGUAGGGCCGGACAUCUGGAAAAGGCAUACAAUUUUAUUAAACGUAUGCCUGUACCUCCUGAUGCUUCAGUAUGGGGUGCUCUUCUUAAUGCUUGUAGAAUCCAUGGAAAUAUUGAGUUGGGUAAAGUGGCUUCGCACCACUUGUUUGAAGUUGAUUCAGAUAAUGUUGGGUACUAUGUCUUAUUGUCAAAUAUAUAUGCAAAUGUUGGGAGAUGGGAAGGGGUUGAUGUAGUAAGAUCAUGGGCUAGAGACAAGGGAUUGAGGAAGACACCUGGGUGGACCUCGAUUGAGUUAAAUAAUAUGAUUGAGGUAUUUUAUACUGGACAUCCACAGUCUGAAGAGAUGUACAUGGAACUGGCCAUUUUAACUGCCAAAGCAAAAGACCUUGGUUAUGCUCCAGACUACAGCUUUGUGUUGCAGGAUGUUGAGGAUGAUGAGAAGGAAAACAUUCUCACAAGUCACAGUGAGAGAUUGGCUAUUGCUUAUGGAAUCUUAAAUUCACCUCCAAAAAGCACUAUUCGAAUUUUUAAGAACUUGCGUGUUUGUGGAGACUGCCACAAUAUGACUAAAUUUACAUCUAAGAUCACUGAGAGGGAGAUUAUUGUGAGAGAUUCAAACCGUUUUCAUCACUUCAAAGAUGGAUUUUGUUCUUGUGGAGAUUAUUGGUAACGACUGGAUGUCAUUACUUGGUGCUGAAAGUUUCCCAUUUGGAUUGAUUUUCGGGUUCAUCCAAGAUCCAGGAUAGUUUUGCAAACGGUAUCGUGUUCUCUCUACAGAAUUGCUUCCAAAACUUGGAGAAACUUGGAUGAGGCCAUUGCCUAUUAAAAAACAGAUGAGAAUCCUCUAUGCUCCUUUAACUUGGAGAUAUUGAUUUGCAGAGUAAACUGCAGAGAUCCUUUUCAGGAGGAGAACAUGAACCUAUAAUUGACAACUCCGCGGAACCAGUGCUCCUUGAAUCAGGCCUGUUCCUGCAGUACAUUACAGCCAUCUGAGUCGGUCUUGCCAUGAGAAGGAAGCUGGAAUAUGACUCUCUAAGGAAUGAUGCUAGUUUGUAGGUGAGCUUUCUUUUCAUACAAGUCAAGCAGCCAUUGGCAAUUCUGAUUAUUUGGCCACUGCCGUGCAAUUCCUUGAAGGUACUAUUUUUCGCUGCUAGUUGACAGCCUUCAUGAACAAGUAACAAUUGCCAUUAUUUCACAGCCCAUCCGACAAUAGGUAAAUUUAUUUGGUAACAAUUAUGUCCAAUGAGUUGUGUAGCUGCCGUUCUUGUCUUUUGUUUACAUUGAUUUAUUACUGCUUACAUCCAAAAUCAUCACUAAAUUGAGUGAGAAUUUACUGUUUCCAAGUGUCAAAUUUGAAACGAAAAGAUUGUAGGGAAAUUUUACUGGAAUCCUGUUUGGCCUUUAUAUCUAACUGCGAAAAUGAACGCUGUUCUAUCAAUUUGACACACUGUUUAACGUGCAAGGUAUAUGCAUUCCAGACGGCUUAUAUGGAUGAUAUUUGCCUGUUUAGUACAUUGAAUUUCAUCUUUUUAAAAAUUGUUAAUGUGAAAAUGUGGUAAAUUUCCACCUUCUGAUUACCCGAUAGAUUCGGUUUUUUUUUUUUUGACAAAUUCAAGAAACAAUAAAUUUAAUUUAAUUCAAAGAUACAACAACAGUUCUAGGGAAACAAUUAAUAAUGAAUGGUACCCAAUAAAUUCGGCACCAUUGCUACGGUACCUAUAUGUCCGGAGAAUAGACACAACCUAGAAAAAUAUCUUCCCUUAAAAAGGUUGGGAACUAAAGAAAUAGAAUCAUUGCAGUGACUUGUGAGCUCAGGGUAACAUCUGAAAACAAAUCCAAGAGAUAUGUGCUCCCUGGAGAAGCGAGGCAGCGUCUUUAUACUGACCCUAACCGGCAACGAUGACCACCGGUUAAACCCGACGCUCAUCGACUCCAUCCGGGCCGCGCUCCAGCAAGUCAAAGCCAAAUCUACUGGCCCCUCGGCCCUGAUAACCACGGCCCAAGGUAAGUAUUUCUCCAACGGCUACGACCUUAAGUGGGCCGCAAGCAAUGUCGGCGGCGCACAGCUCAUGUCCUCCAAGCUUCGUUCUCUCGUUUCCGAACUAAUCACUCUGCCCAUGCCCACCAUCGCCGCUAUCACCGGCCACGCCUCCGCAGCCGGCUUCGUCUUGGCGCUGUGUCACGACUACCAUCUAAUGCGAAAGGAUCGAGGGUUUCUCUACGUGAGCGAGCUGGAUAUCGGAUACAAGGUUCCUCUCUGGUUUGCGGCUUUGAUAAAGAGCAAAGUUGGCUCGCCAAAGGCACGGCGGGAGAUGAUAAUGAAAGCGGCUAAGCUGACAGCUGAGAUGGCUCUGGAGAGGGGCAUUAUCGACUCGGCGCAUGAUGGCGCGGAGGAGACGGUUGACGCUGCCGUGAAACUCGGGGAGGAGUUGGUGAGAAGGAAGUGGAGUGGACACGUGUACGCUCAGAAUAGGACGGCUGUGCUGGAUGAGGUGUUGAGUACGCUUGGAUUUGACGAAACCGUGGGUGAUUAUGGGAGCUCAACCAAGACUUUUUCAAGACUCUGAGAUAUUCCUUUGUAAUAAUCCUACUCUAUAAAAAAAAAAAAAAAGAGUCAUGUUUGUUCGUUUGUCUUUUUCAUGUUUAAUUUUAAUAGUAUUGGUUUUUGGAAAAUGAGGUGGAAAUUGUGAAAGGAGGAAUACUAGUUGGGGUGGAUUAGGGGCAGGAGCAAUUAUGUUCUAGGUGCUGUCGUCCUUGUUAAAUUGUACUAGCGUACGAGUUCUUUACAAAAUAAUGUAAGGCGUGAUUGAUUCGUGC